AGACCUUCUUGCUCACUGCUGACCCUCAUUAUCUGGACCUUGCCGGUCUACUGCCGUGUGAAUAUAAUUGUUUUACCUAAAAGCGUGGACACUUGUGAGGUUUACUGUAACAGGCUGAAGCAAUAAUAUUUACAUACAUAGCUAGUGGUCAGUUCGCACGCCAAAUUCUAUCUGUGGAUUUAGUUGAAAUCUACGGUAGAGGCAGUAUCCAUAGGAAGAUGAUUACCAGGGUACUUGGCGGCGCCACCGCUCUGCUAGUGGCUAUCAGUCUGCUUUCCACAGGGUCACACGGUAAUAUACUGCCAAACUGCACGCUAGAAGAUGGAGUUAUACUGACCUAUGGCAAUAAGAAAUAUAUCCAGCCCGACAUUGAUCGGGCACCAGUAAAGUUGAGUUUUGGUACUGGAAACCUCUACAAGAAAACGUUCACAUUCACAUCACCUUGCCAUCUGUUAUUGAAAGCGAUUUCACUCAUGUACAUUGGAUCAUGCUCAGUAGCAGUCCGUUAUGGCAGUGAUAACAGCUUCCUGGACACCCUAGACUUUCCAGUUGUGCCGGGAAGUAGCUGGAAGACGGGAAUCAAAAACUUAACGCAAGCAGCCACCCAAACGCUCCACGAGUAUAUGACAGGGUAUAACAGAAGUACAUUGAUGAUAUCUAUUUCUGCCAGGGAUGCCCAUUGUGACAUACACAGUGUAAGGCGCAGUCGAGUUGUGCGAGGAUUGGCCAUCAUUGCCCAGGUAAUCCCGCCAACAGCUGUAACAAGCACUGCCCCCAGCCAUGCUGUAACCAAAAGUCAAUCUUCUACCCGUUCCACACAGAAGCCGACUGACUCUACAGUGCAAGCUCCAAUUACGUCUGCCUCCACAGUCCCAACUCCAGUUACGAACACUGCAAUAGUGGAGUCAACUAGAACCGUGGGUAACUAUGUUACUCAGAUCAAAACAUCGACUCCCGCACCCACCCUAGCUGAACAGCUUGAAGAUGAGCGAGGAGGAUUUAGUUUGGUUACUACCAUUGUAAUUCCUUUGGUUGUACUUUCUGUUCUCCUGAGCGUUUUUAUUUUGCUGUUACUAGUUAGAUCAGGAACGUUUCUUUCUAGGAGCAGUCAUGCAUGGAUCAUCGCUGUUCGUAAAUCGACAGUCCCGCGAAAUAGGCCAGACCACGUAAAUCAGUUUUACGAGAAUCACAACUGUCCUGACGGCGCUGACCUGGGAACUACGGCAGAACUGACGGAUCCGGAACUGUACUCGGCCGUUGGACCUGGUUACAGCCAUCCAAUCAACCAUCCUAAUACACCCCCUGAUAUACCUGCUGCCCUUUAUGACAGUUGUACGGAGAAUGAGACUUACACGUAUGCUACCCGUGAUGGUUCUGCGCCAACGAAUUAUGCCAACACGGAAACAAGGCAGAACGGUGCUGGUGAGCCGUACGCCAGCGUGCAGCCUAUGUUUGAUCAAUCAGCCGAGGACGUGCAGUCACAUCCUAAAAGCCAGCAAACAGAGACUGUCAGACAGGAAGCCAAAGAAGCUCCAGCCGUCUGCUACUCAGUUCCUCACAAGGCGGAUACGACAGGUGUUCGCAGACAUUACGAAAACGCAGAGGAGUGCACGGCUACUAAGCGUGAUGAGCAACCCCGCACUACACAUUCAAUCGACCACAUAUGUCGUGCUACGGAUGUAAGAUCACGUAGCGUCUUAACCAAGUCCGCACAAUCAGCCCUACAUAACCCGGAGAAGUGUAUCAAUCCAGAUGACGUGGAGCGCAAACAACGCCGUGGUCUGAGUGACGCAACACAAGUAGUAUGUCGCAAUGCCGCAACCACCACUACCAGCACCAACCAGCAGUCAUUUCGAUUAUCCCUUCCAGCCACAUCUACAUCGACACCAACUCGGUCAGACACCCAAAGAUGUGUGUCUCCAUCUCAAGUACCUAAGCCUCUGCCAUAUCGGGUAUUCAAAGUAUUGAAGGACAGCCAGGGCGAUUACAUGAACCCACAGGACACAGUGUCCAGUCAAGGCGCUGACCAGCCUGAUACAGACACUGAUCCUAACAUCUAUGCAGAACCAGCCAUCUCCCUGAACGAUGAUGGAUUGGGCAACGCAUCCACCCUUGAAAGAAGAGAUGAACUGGGUGAUAUCAGUGCUGUGCCGGUUGAUCUUCCCGAUCCCUCUGCCAUAUAUGCUGUGCCACAGAAGGGCUGCGCGGAAACUUGAAGCAUGCAUAUCUAGUAUUCUUUCGGUCCUAGAUCACAUUCGCUAGCUUUUCACCCCUUCAUAAUUUCAAGACCAGGACUAAAAUUAUAGUUGUCAGCGCCGAUGACUUACGAAAUCACUCAUUUUCCACACUUUGUUUCUAAUUCGAUUCGCGAAAAUACACCAAGUGAAAUUAUUCACCCAAUGAACACAAAUAUACCCCCGCCACCAUGUAAGGUUUUAUAUGACUAUCCCUUUCUGCGUUUCAUGAAACUUUGAAAGGUGGCGGCGUUCCUACAGAUGCGAAAAACUCGGCAUAUGGCUGAGUCUGACGCGAACCGUGAUUACUUUCCUUUUUCAUCUGCCUCACCGUGCGACCCAUUCUAUCUAUUUUGAAUUUUCCAUGUAAAGUAGGUAAAAAUUUCUGCUCGAUUCUUCUCUUCAUAACCGCCCGCUCUGUCUUCUCUGACAGUACUGCUUGCAUACAUUUGAAAAGUUUUUGUUUCUUCACGCCUUCAAUGUCUUAGUUCACACUUGUAUAUUCCAGUGCCGUUGUUGCA